UGGUAGGUACAGCUUUUGCUAUCAAUAUACUAUUCCCAGUAAUCCCAGUAUGGGGUGGAGUUAUCUUCACCGGUUUUAGCACUCUCAUACUUCUAGGCCUACAGAGAUAUGGGAUCCGGAAACUAGAAAUAUUAAUUUCUAUCCUAAUAUUCGUGGUUGCCGCAUGUUAUUUUGGAGAAUUGGGUCGUGCAAAGCCUCCAGCAUCCGAGGUGCUACAGGGAUUGUUCAUCCCCAAGCUCAGUGGUCAAAGCACCACUGCCGAUGCCAUUGCCCUAUUGGGAGCCCUUAUCAUGCCGCACAAUCUUUAUCUCCACUCUGCUUUAGUUCUUUCAAGGAAGAUACCUGCAAGUGCUCGUGGCAUCGAAGAUGCAUGUAGAUUCUUCAUGAUAGAGAGUGGAUUGGCACUGUUUGUGGCGUUUCUUAUCAAUCUCUCGAUGGUCGCGGUAGUAGGAACUGCCUGCAAUGCCACUAACAUCUCCCCAGUAGAUGCAGAGCGUUGUAGCAACCUUACUCUUAAUUCGGCUUCUUUCCUUCUCCAGAAUGUAUUGGGAAAGUCAAGCUCCAUUAUUUAUGCUGUUGCAAUGCUAGCUUCUGGACAAAGCUCCAGCAUUACUGGUACUUAUGCUGGGCAAUUUAUCAUGCAGGGAUUCUUGGACCUCAAAAUGAAGAAUUGGAUUCGAAACUUGAUGACCAGAUUUGUUGCAAUUGCACCCAGCCUUAUUAUCUCCAUCAUUCUUGGCCCUUCUGGGGCUGGUCAACUAAUUAUUGUUGCAUCGAUGAUAUUGGCCUUUGAGCUUCCAUUUGCUGUGAUUCCACUCCUCAAGUUUAGCAGCAGCACCAGCAAGAUGGGGCCACAUAAAAACUCUAUUUAUAUCAUGGUGAUCUCAUGGAUCCUAGGGUCAGCCAUGAUUGGAAUCAAUAUCUAUUUCUUGAGCACAGCUUUCUUUGUUUGGCUGAUCCACAACAGUCUACCCAUGGUUGCAAAUGUGUUCAUUGGGAUCAUUGUGGUUCCUUUCAUGGUCAUCUAUGUUGUUGCUGUUCUCUACUUAGCUUUCCGAAAGGAUACGACAGAGACAUUCAUAAACUCAACAAAGCUAUAUUCCAAAGCUGAAAUCGAAAUGGAGAAAGGGUUCAAUAAGACUGAUGGUGUCUCUGAGCUUAAUGAUGCUCCUUACAGAGAGGACCUUGCAGAUAUCCCACUACCAGAAUAAUUAUUUAGGUCUACUCUUGUAUAUCUAUUUUGUUUUGGGGGGGGGGGGGGGUGUGUUCGGUUAACUCCUCACUGAGGAGCUUUACCAAAGUAGCUGUGUCAUCAAAGGUUGAAAAAGCAGUUGUAUAUAGUUUUAGUACAUGUUUGUAGUUAAUGGUGAAUCAGGCAGUUCAUUGGCAGUAUAUCAUAUGUAACUCAUUUGAUCUAUUAAGGGAAAAAAAGCCUCCUUGUCCAAAGCUUUUGACAUGGUACUUAUUUAGACCAA